GGGGCCUCUAAGAUCCCAGCAUUCCCCGCGCGUGUCAAGAUGGCGGCGCCCAUGUUUAGGCGGCUUUACCCAGGCCGAUGGUCUGGUACCCCAGGGUCGUCAGGACGCUUUCCACUGGGGCUGCGUCAGUCACAUUCAGGUGCGCAGGGGUUGCUGGCGGCUCAGAAAGCUCGAGGUCUGUUCAAGGAAUUCUUCCCGGAGACUGGUACGAAGACGGAGCUCCCAGAGCUCUUCGAUCCGAGGUCGGCGGGCCACUCUCCCCAGACCAUUUACUGCGGCUUCGAUCCCACGAGCGACUCGCUUCAUGUGGGGCAUCUGCUGGCGCUGCAGGGCCUGUUCCACUUCCAGCGAGCGGGCCACAACGUGAUCGCGCUGGUGGGAGGCGCCACGGCGCGCCUGGGAGACCCGAGCGGGCGCACAAAGGAGCGUGAGAUGCUUGCGGCCGAACAGGUGCGGGCCAACGCGAGCGCCCUGCGCCGCGGGCUGCAUACCCUGGACGCCAAUCACCAGCAGCAUUUCGCCGAUGGGCGGGCCUGGGGCAGCUUUACGGUGCUGGACAACUCAGCCUGGUACCAGAAACAUCACCUGGUGGACUUCCUGGCGGCCGCGGGUGGCCACUUCCGCAUGGGCACGCUGCUGAGCAGGCUGAGUGUGCAGGCGCGACUCAGGAGCCCGGAGGGCAUGAGCCUGGCGGAGUUCUUCUACCAGGUGCUCCAGGCUUACGACUUCUAUUACUUGUUCCAGCAUUAUGGAUGCCGAGUCCAGCUGGGCGGGUCUGAUCAGCUGGGUAACAUCGUGUCCGGGUACGAGUUCAUCCACAAACAGACUGGAGAAGAUGUGUUUGGAAUCACUGUCCCUCUGAUUACAAGUACAGCUGGAGCAAAGCUAGGAAAAUCCGCUGGUAAUGCUGUGUGGCUGGACAGAGAGAAGACCUCUCCCUUUGAACUGUAUCAGUUCUUUGUCAGACAGCAAGAUGAUUCCGUGGAAAGGUACCUGAAGCUCUUCACUUUUCUGCCCCUUGCAGAGAUUGACCACAUUAUGCAGCUGCACAGCAAAGAACCAGAAAAGCGAGGUCCACAGAAGCGACUCGCUGCAGAAGUAACAAAGCUUGUUCAUGGACAGGAAGGACUGAAUUCUGCUAAAAGGUGUACACAAGCCCUUUAUCAUAGUAGCAUCGAUGCACUGGAGGUCAUGUCCGACCAAGAGUUGAAAGAGUUGUUUAAAGAAGCUUCAUUUUCUGAAUUAGUUCUCGACCCUGGAACAAGUGUCCUGGACACAUGCCGCAAAGCAAAUGCCAUUCCUGAUGGGCCUCGAGGAUAACCUGAUAAGGAAAGUUUCAGGUCAAACUAAAGAUUGAGAAUCAAGACUGAGUAUAGGUCUGCAUAUAUUAGGUAAGUUUAUUUUCCUAUAAAACUUUGCACAUCUGAAAAAUCCAGGUAAUAGCACCCACAUUUCCUCUGGAGGAUCAAGUAAAAUGCAUAAAAUAUUCAUCAGAUUUCAUCUGAAAACCUUCCAGGCAGCAAACUGUGGGUCAAAUGUUCAGAUUCUAGCUAGUUCCCACGGGAUUACCUGGAGCAAGUUACUGUCUUCAUAUGCAAAAAUGGAGCUUUUGUACCUCAGUGAAUUGUGAGACUCCAAUAGAAAGCCACAAAACUUCUGUUAUGGCUUAAACUCUGCUGUUAGGUACUGAAGUAGAUUUCUGUGUUAAAAAGCUAGUUUAUAACCCUUUCUCUGAAGUAGGGGUGAGAAGAAUAAUUUAUUGACAAACUUGUGUUUCGCACUAGCAACUUUAUUUACACGGGAAGAACAUUACAGGUAUCCAUUAUAAAUAUGCCCGAAACCGUCUCCACAUUUCAGAACUUCACUCAGUUUAGAGCCAGCAAAGGCUUUCUCUUUCCUUAAGUUUGUUGCCCGUUUCUCUUUGUACAAAGUGUGUAGUACUACCAAGUGCAUUGCCAUAGUGUUUUUAAAGUCAACACUCAGUUUGAAAUGUGUUUCAUGUGCUGGGAAAAAGCACAUUGUAUAAUUUUUUUCCUUGCAAAUUCAAAAGGCUACAGUGGCAGCAGUCAUCUCAUAUGUCUGAAAAAAGUGGAUGGUUAUAAUUUCAAAACUGAUGUUUAGUAAUAGCAAAAGGAUUUUCAGUGUGCUAGGAUUUUGCAAAUGUGCAUUAACUGUCAAGCUGAUAUUAACGAAUUCAAGAAGUACUCUAUCAUGUCAGGCUGAUUUUGUUUUUGUGUUUGAGAUCAGUUGCAACCUGUUAUUUCUUAGUAAAUGGGUAUCAUAAGCUAAUGUUAACAUAAUCAUAUUUGUCCCUGCCAACAACCCUUCACAGAUACCUGGUAAUAACCUGAAAAAACUUAGCAUUUAUAACGCUUAUUUACUUAAUGUAUUAUCUGUUGAGAUGGAGCUAGGGGUCUCAAGGAUUUCUAUUCAUAUGUUAAGAUUUUUAAUGUACUUUUUACCAAGAAUCACCUGGGCAGUUUUCACACAAAAAAAUCUUAGUUGAUAACUCCCAACCCCUCUCUGCAGUUGAAUGGUCACACUCUCAGGGUGUGUGAAUGUCCUGAUUCUUUUCUUUAAAUAAUACAAAGUGGUAUUUUCAUACCAUGUUCUAAUACAUUCUGUUGGUAUGGAGAAAAAGUUACUGUGAACCACUACACGGAACAGGAUGAUUUAAGUUCUUCAAACUGCAUCUUGGAGCCUAGUGUCUUAAUGCCCCAUUUUAGAGAUGUAUUUAAUUUAGGUCAUCAGUGAUCUUGAUCUUCUACAACUAAAAGGAACUAGUGAUUAUUAACAAGUCUUACUAAGAUAGUCAAGCCCAGAUGUUUGUUUGUUUGUUUGUUUGUAUGUAUGUAUG